CUACCGGCAGCGCCGGCCCGCACCGCUCCGUGAGCCGCUCCCCGCGCCCAGAGACUGCCUCCAGAGUGCAGUCGGCCAUUGGCUUCCGAUCCUGUCCAUCAACUUACGGGGGCGGGGCCAGCGGGACGGCCACCCGUGGCCUUCGUCAUCGGGGAGCGACGCUGGGGAUGUUGCUGUGGUCGCGGCCCGGCCCGGUGUCAUGGCGGCCGUGCCCAGCCCGCUCCAUCCCGGUGGCCACGCUCCAGUGGUCGGCGCCAACCCUAUGGCCUCGGAGGUGGCGAGCAGCGCCCUACGCUGCCUAGCUGGGCUGGCGGGGCAGCUUAACCUUGGAGGUGAUAUCGUAAAAGUUGUAAUCGACUGGAGCAAGCUUCAAAGCACAUCAGCACUUCAGCCGACAUUGCUCUUUAGUGCACUCCAGCAGCAUAUUUUAUGUUUGCAGCCUCUUUUAGAAAAACUCCAGUCAUUGAUUAAAGAGGAAAACGUAGGCCAUGUUGAACCUGCAGGUAAACCAGAAGCUCAGACUUGUGAAACAAGUUUAGAUGUUUAUGAUGGUAAAUGUCCUACUGAAGAAAAGUAUGCAGCUUAUGACCUGGGAGAUAAGAAGGAUGCUUAUAUUAAUUUUGAUCCAGAAGUGGUCCAAAUAAAAGCUGGAAAAGCAGAAAUUGACAGGCGGAUAUCAGCCUUCAUCGAGAGGAAACAAGCAGAGAUCAAUGAAAAUAAUGUCAGGGAAUUUUGCAAUGUUAUUGAUUGUAAUCAAGAAAAUAGCUGUGCCAGAACAGAUGCAAUUUUCACACCCUAUCCUGGAUUUAAAAGCCAUAUAAAGGUUUCUAGGGUAGUCAAUACAUACGGACCACAGACUAGAUCUGAAGGAACACAUGGGUCCAAUCACAAAGCAAAUGUGCCUGUUCAUGAUUGUGGAAACCAAGCUGUUGAGGAGAGAUUGCAAAACAUUGAAGCACACUUACGGUUACAGAAAGGUGGUCCUGUACCAAGAGACAUUUAUCAGAGAAUUAAGAAGCUUGAAGAUAAAAUCCUUGAGCUGGAAGGACUGUCUCCUGAAUAUUUUCAAUCCGUAAGCUGUUCAGGCAAGAGGAGAAAGGUUCAACCUCCCCACCAGAACUAUUCAUUGGCUGAACUCGAUGAAAAGAUCAAUGCUAUAAAAGAGGCAUUGCUGAGGAAAACAAAAGAAAGCAAGUCCAAGGAGGCUGAGCAGCUUCUUCAAUAAUAAAACCCUCUCUUUUCAGAAUCUUCACACUUUACCCAUUCCCAAACUAUAGACCUGAGUAGUGUUUAUCAGGGAUGAUUUUCACAGUGAAGCAAAGCAUGCAUGUAAGCUCCUUUUGGACGAUCUUGAAAGUUUUCUUUCAGAAGAACUCAUUUAAGAACAUUCUUACUAAGGAAAUAGUUUAAAGUGGAGAAUGUUUUAGGAAUAACAUUCUGGUAAUCCAUUCCCUUCUGUUAUAAAGGAGGAUUGUGGCACUGUUCAUAUGUGUCUUAACCCACAUAUGAAAGCUGCAUUUCACAUGUAAUUUGGUGGCUGAGUAUUCAGGAGGGCUACCUUUGGAAUGUUUUUCAUGUAAGUAGUUUGCACAGACUUAUGAAAUAUUAUUAAAUACUCUUAAGUAAACUGUCUUAGGAAUAAAAACAUAAACAUCCCCUUUGCAGUAUGCAUGCUUACCUGCCUUUUUUUUCCCCCCUCUGUAUUUGCUACUGUUUUCACAGCUGUUAGAAAUGCUGUGAAUUGCAUUUCUGUUUGAAAGAUGGUUAUGGAUAUCCUGUAUGUGUAAUCCUGUGCUUCACUUCCUCAGUGCCCUGUAGGAAUUCAAACUUCAUACCAUGCUAAUAAAAUUAAUAUAUUCUAAACACCACUCCAGGGGAGGUUUUGGCAGGCAUUAGCUUUUCUCAUCCUUCUACGUGCAUGCUUACAUGACUUCUGGAGCACGAAUGCUACGUAUGUAGUGUAAAAUUAAAGUCAGACCUUUGGCCAUACACUUCAGUGUGAUUUGGGGUUUGAUGUUGUAGGGGGUGUGUGUGUGUAUUUUGUGGUGGUGUUGUUGUGUUUUGUUUUUAAUAAAAUAUCUCCUGUUUGUACCAGUUCUGUGGUUUAUUUGUUGCAUCUGACUUUUUCUGUAACAAAGUGCCUGCUACUUGGAAGAUCUCCUGCCGUGGGAUUCUCACUCUCGAGAUAGCAUGGCGGUUGAAGGUUGAAAGCAUAAUAGAGAUGCAUUGCAUGAAGACAGUAGCUAAAGAGACAACAACAGAAGCACUCUGGAUGAUAUUUUAUUAGUAAUAUAUAUUUUAACAUAUAAGUGGUACAGAUGCACUUGGAAAAUGUUGUGGUAUUCAUCUUGCUUUGUUAUUAAACUUUUUCCAUUCA